AUGAGAGAUAUGCUUGACAAGGGUAAAUUCAAGAUAUUUGAGCCUUUCUACCGAGAAGCUGAGGAACUAAUCCAGAAGCUACCACCUGCCUUCCAGCAAUUGAUGUCACUUUCUGACUUGCCAAAAGGCAAAACAGUGGAAGAAUUACGAACACAGAAAACACAUAUACUACAAGAAUACCGUGAAGUGAAAGGGCAAUUGGAAAUUGAUCCACUGUUAAGCCAGUGUCGAGGAUUACUCAACAAAUUAAGGGUGCCUGAUGACAAUCCAAUCUUUGUAUCAAUGGCUCAGACACCAAUGUUCAAAGAUACAUUAUUAGUUAUGGAAAAAUAUUUUGAAAGACUAUCAGGGGCUGAUCAGAAAUCUGAUGUGCUGUACCAGAAAGCUGAUCAUAGAAUUACUCAGUUAUUGCAACAUUUGUUGUUUGAAAGUAAUCUCAACCAGGUUGGAGCUGGUGGGAAUAAGAGCCGAUUGACACUGGCAAUGUCUACAGCAGCAGAAUUUCGUGAUCAUAUGACAGAAUUCAUUGAGCAUUAUGCACAGUUGGGUCCACCAAACCCUGACAACCCACCAGAAGAUGGACGUUUGAAGAGUGAAAUGAUUACAAAAGACAAUAGACGGUAUUACAUGGACCUCAAAGAAAACAACAGAGGACGCUUUCUAAGGGUAUCUCAGACAAUCAACAGAGGUCCACGUACCCACAUUGCCCUGCCAGCGCAGGGUUUAGUAGAAUUCCGAGAUGCCCUUACUGAACUUUUAGAUGAAUUUGGAACCGAUGAUGGUGCAGAGGCACAACCCGAACUACCAGAAGGUCGUCAUAUAAGAGUUGAAAACAAGAAUUUUUACUUUGACAUUGGCAGUAACCAUAGAGGGAUAUAUAUGCGCAUCUCUGAGGUGCAGCCAAGAAGCCAAUACCGGACAUCCAUCACAAUUCCAGAAAAAUCAUGGUCCCGUUUUAGAGAUAUAUUUUCAGAUUACUGCGACAAGAUGAAAGAAACAAGUAAUCGUGAUGGAGAGGCAGAACCUGAAGCGGAAGUGGAAGGAGAAGGAAGUAGUACUCAAUCUAAGGACUAAAACAUUGUCAAAAACAAACUGGUUCCACACAUUCUGGGAGUUUCAAGAAAACAUUUUUUUGGUAUCGACCAUCAUUUUUUAAUGGUAAAAAAAAAUCCCCACUAAAAACCACAAAACCAAAUAAUGUAAAUACCAGUUUGGUGAAAAGAUUUACCUUUAAUUUGCUGUUUUUUUUCUUAUCUUCUUCCUCUUGCCUAUUCUAACCUUGAUAUAAGAAUACACUGAUUGUGUGUAGUAGUAUGCCUCUUCAUUGAUAAUACAAAGUUGGUAUUGGGUCUGUAUUGUUAUCAUGAUUGGUAGUUUUAAUCCACUUUUUCCGAUUCUAAGUCUGUCCUCAUUAAAGUGUUUUAUUAUGAAGUAUUGGCCUCUUUCCCCAUCUUACUAACAUUGCAUAUCUAGACACCGACAGACAGACCGACCAACUGACCGACAUGGUAAUGCUGAGCUUGUAAUAUAUCUGUAUCGGCUCCUUACCUUACCUUACACUGAUACGCCAUAUCUUCUUUUUAGAUGGUUGCUUUUAGUUGAUCAACUUAGAAAGGCUCUGAUUGGUGGUUAGUCUCUUCUGUCUUUUCUAGUGUUCACUUUUAGAUUUGUUUUCAUCAUGCACAGUUGGCUGCAUACUUGAUUCCCUAUUCUAAAAAUUACUUAGAAAUAGUGGACAAAUCGUAAAAGUGCAGAACUAAGUCUAAAUGUGAACACUUAUUUUAGUAGUUUUUGUAACACUACUGAUGUGAGGAUUGAAAGCCCUCACAGUGUGGAGCUUUUACUUGUUGCCAUCUGAUUGGGUGGACUUGUGUAAUAAACUAGGGUGGAUAGAUACAAAUUUUUAAAUCUAUUCAUUUUGUGAUUUUAUAUAUUAUAAACAAAAAAAUCUAAUAGAUUGCAAGGAUGAAAGUUGCUUUUCUUUUUUCUCUCUUAAGGUAGUCUUUUUUUUUUUUUUUUAAAUCAAAAAAGGAUGCAAUUUAGUGCACAUAGUUGUGAAAACUUUUAAAAUUAUGUUGUAGUGUUUUUAGUGGAAUAUCCACUCUAAUGUUUUAGAGCAUGUCUACAUUGUUUUUUUG